AGAUAAGAAAUAUGUUACGUUUCUAGAAAAGGAUAGGUUAUAAAGUUGAAGGGACGAUACUAUAUUCGAUUUAAAAAUUUUAACAAAAAUCUAAGAGAAAAUGGUGUUAUUUUAAUAUAUAUCUUUCGUAAGAUUAAUAUAUAUUAUAUAUCUCAUGAAUGAUUGAACUUAUCAAAGAGAUUUCAAGGAAAGUGAUCAGUUUCUUUCCAAUCGUGGAAACGUUAACUACGCGAAAUCAUAUUCUUUAUCGCGUUGUCGCUCAUAAUCAUUAAGAAAAAUUCUCAAAGCGAAUGUUUGCGAAUAAUUUAUAAAAGUUUAAUGGAAAUUUAAAAAAGAAUCGAAAUAUUAUAAUAUUUUGUGUUUAUUUUUUACGAAGGAUUCUCAUUAAUUGUAUUGUUUAAUCGUACUUAAAAAUGAAUCGUGAAAUUCGUUGUACACGUGUCGUCUUCCUAUCUUCGAACGAUAUAUUCGAUUUAUAGAACGCACAGUUUUAUUGAUCUUCGUCAUGUUUCUCAAACGAAAACGAAAUGUCAAUGUGUCUCUGAAGAAAAAAUUAAUAUGUAAUUGAUCGUUUAAAUACACGAUAACUAUUUAUUCUUUCUUGCAUCUUAACAGAUAAUAUUUUUAAUUAAUACGAUGAUUGAUAUGAUUCGUCUGUGAGAUUUGACUGUGUCCAUGUUUCUGUGUGCGAGCGUAUAUAUAUACACACACACACACACACAUAUAUAUAUAUAUAUACAUAUAGAAUAGGUCUGUGUUAAAUUAUUAUCGUAGAGGCGUAUAUAUAAGAGAUUACUUGACCAACAAAUAGCUCCUUUUUCAAAAUAUAUAUAUAUGUAUAUAAUGAUUUAGUUUUGUUAUUGAAGCGUUUAUGUUCAAUAAGGAAAAAAACAUUAAUAAGAAAAAUGGCGUGUUCAUACGGAAAUAGCACACGCUGAUAAUCUCUGUGAUAGUAUCACAACGUGGUUGGAACUAUACCAAGAAAGAAAAAGAAAAGGACACCAUAGAUGACAAGAUAAAACGUAUAUACCUAGGCACGUCGAUUAACUUGAAUGAAAAAUAUUAAAAGAUUAGGAAUAUACCGAUUUAUGACUAGACGACUAAUAAUAGUCUUCGCUUUUCAUCGUUGAACGUACGCUAACUCUUUCAGGAAGUUUUCUUUAAAUUAAUCGUCUAAUUGUAUGAUCUUUUCCAACUACCAGUGAAUAUUUUGAUAAGAAAACGAAAUUCGACGAUUAUCAAGCUACAAGUUUGACGAAAACAUUUCUACGGAAUUAUGCAUAAUUCAUCGUAUUCGUUGGUGCCGUUAAUUAUAAGACUCCUUUUAAUAUCGAGAUUGAUUAUCGUCGAAGGUUUAUUGCCCGUUAUUCAUUCUAUUACAUUGAACGAGAUUAUUAUACCAAAAGAAUACCAAAAUCUACCUUUGAUAGCGAAAUGUUGUUCGAUGGAUCAAAUUUUAAUUCGAAAUAAAGAUCAAAGUCCAAAAUGUGUCCCUUCGAACUAUUAUUCGGUCUCAUCGUUCUCACCGCUUUUUUGCAAAUUCAAUUCGUCUGGUACUUGGUCUUUGGGCGAAGAAGCUAAUCGUUUUGUUGCACUCAUUGGUUAUCCUUGUCGUUAUGAAAGUUUCGACAUAAAUACGGAAAAUGAUACGUAUUAUCUUUUACGAAAUGGCUCGAUAUAUUUUCCUUUAUAUGAGCAUUCCAUGCUAAUGCCUGGUAUAAAUUAUUGCAUGGAUGUAACACCAACGUUAAAUCUUGUUACUGUGGUGUGCUCUUCUAUAGAUAGUAAAAUAUUGAUGGCAGGCACACAGAUAAUUUGUUAUGCCUGCGGACUUAUAAUAGCUGUAUCAUUUCUAAUCCUGACCAUAGUAGCUUAUUCGAUAACGCCUAAAUUAAGAGACGUCUAUGGUAAAAUACUUCAUCACUAUUGCGGAUGUCUCGCAUUAGCAUUUAUUAUUUUAGCGAUUACACAACUCGGUGGUGUACAUUGGACGAGUGAUACGUGCAUGGCCAUUGCCUUCGUCGUACAAUUCUCGUUCGUCGCAUGUUAUUUCUGGUUGAACGUGAUGUGUAUCGAGACAUGGUCGUUAAUACAAAAUCACGUUCAUCAUGAUGCCUAUCAAAGAAUAAAACCUAAUGUACUCUUUUUUUAUUACUCGAUAUGGGCUUGGGGAUCUUCGGGCAUUCUUAUUCUUGUAUCACUAAUAAUGGAUCUAAAUCCGACGAUACCGACGAUAUAUAUAAAGCCAAACUUCAUUAGCGAAAACGACAGCUGUUGGUUUAAACCGGACAGUAAAACUAUGCCAUACUUUUUCGUUCCAAUUGGAUUUCUCUUGCUAAUCAAUUUAAUAUUCUUUAUCCUAACGGGAAUUACGAUAAGCCGAUAUCAAAAAGAUCUGGCACUUAGACGAUUAAUCAUAAAUCAAGAAUCCGUACGGCAAGAACAAAUGGUAUUUUAUAAUUUGAAGAAAACAUUUAUGAUCUGCAUAGUAUUAUUUCUCUUUAUGACCUUAACUUGGGCCUUGGAAUUGAUAUCUUGGUGGACCAAUAUUUAUUUCUUCGAUUGGUUAACUUUGGAUCUAGUGAAUAUAUUGCAUGGUGUUUUUAUAUUCAGCCUUUUCGUACUUCGUCAACCGAUUAGAGGUUUAAUUUGGUUUAGGAUAAAAGAAUUUCGUAAUUUCGAUAAAAAAUCGAUAAUUUCGAUUCCAAUCACUAAUCAAUAUUCCUAAUUUUAAUCUUCUUACAGUUACAAAUGAACGAUAAGAUUUGUUAAACGAUUAAACGAUAAUAUGACGGUAACAUGUAUGAAGAUUAUUUGUUAAAUAUGCUUAAUCAUUGAUUUUAUUCAAUUGUAAUAUGCAUAAGGUUUAAAUUUAAAACAAUUAAUUAGAUAUAAUAUGUAUUAAUAUAAUUUGAAAUUCUAUUAUACAGGUGAAUUAAUAGAGAAAAGGUUAGAUCUUCAACGAAUAAUCUCAAAUUUGUCGACAUGCAUAUGAUAGAUUUUUAUAAGAAUUAAUUGAUUUAUUUAUAUUAUUUAAUAGAAAGAAAUACGUCGUAAUAAUGGCUUCUAACUUUCGAUGUGUGUAGUUUGUAUAAAAAAAAAAAAAGAAAAAAAAAAUACACACACACAUCGGCAAAAUAUAAUAUGAAUAUAUAAUGUAAAGAAAAUGUAAAUUCCUAUUUCUUGAAAAUUAUUGAGUUUUACGUAUAUCUGUUAUCUUAGAAGAAAUUAUGAAUUGAAUUUUAUAACAUAAUACGUGAGAAGAUUCUUUUCAUAAAAGUAAGAUUAAAAAAAAAAAAAAGAAAACAAGAAAAAAGAGAAAAAGAACAUUCUAACAUUAUCAAUAGCUUAGUGAAUAACACUUCGUUAAA